AAAAAGCGUAGCCAUUUUAGAAAAUCAAAACAGAGUGAAAAUUUCGGUGCACCCGUCGGCGGUGCAGAAAAAGUGUUUUUUCGUGCGUGAAUCGAUUGUGAAACCGAUCGGAAAAUGUUUUAAUCGAAUGAAAAUCUACCGCUGGAGCAGGAACCAUGUGGUUACGGAGCGAAACCAGAGACCGAAGGCUGCGUUCGAGCAGUUCUCGAAUAACAGUGAAAAAUAAAAGGCAUGCUAAGUCCCAACAGAAAGUAAAACGCAGUCACACGGAUGUAAUAAUCACGCGGCGGAGUACCCACCUGCAACUAUCGGAAGGUGGAAGCCGUGGCCGUACGGUCAUAAGCGCCAUUGGGGCCAUCACACGUACUUCUACGCGGUCCGGCAAUAGAGUUAGUCCGAAGCGUACGCUAAAGGCUGGUCGAAGGAUCAGCAAGCCUGCGACCUUAAGCGGUGAUCAUGGUGCAAUCUCAGAGGAUUGCAAGGAAAACUGCUGGCAGGAUAGCAAUGAUCUCACCCUAUUCGAUUCCUCCGUCAGUCUUAAGAAUCAAUAUGAAAGCACUACUAUAUACUCGAAGAAGGGCGACGAAAUCGGAUCGCCCGACGAUUGUAUCAAUCAGUUCGGAGUGAUCAGCUAUGAUUCAAGCAAAUCAACAACGGCGACAAUUAUCUCGACUGGUGGAGUUAGCAAUUCUCAAUCGGUUGAACCACUUAAGUCAAAGUGCAUCACCGAGUGCGACAGUACAACUGAAAUAGGUUGCGAUGUAAGUUAUCCAUCAACAUCGGGGUCUUGCAACAGGCGUCUCAAAAGUCCACUUGAGAAUGUAUCGCUUUCCGUACAACAAGACAUUGUGGUUCCGGAGGUGGAUUCAACAACUGACACUAUUCCAGAUACCACCAAUGAACUGACAACGGCUGCCUCCAAAAUCAUCUCUUCGUUUCCAUCGUCAGCAUCUUCGUUGUCUUCGUCGUCGUCGUCUUCAUCAUCAUCAUCGUCAUCUUCCUCGUUGUCCUCCACUUUCCAGCCGACUGGUUACAGCAGUUGUUCGUCCGUGUCUGGUGCUGAUGACCAGCCGGCUUCCAGCAGUUAUUCGCCCAACGCAACCGCUACGGAUUUGAUCUCGAUGUUCGACGACGAACACUAUAGAAACUCGGCAGAACUUUGUCAAUACACAGAUUUUCUGCCGUAUAAUACUUUAUUUACGCAAGCUCUGCUUAGUUGUGGCGACGUUUCGAGCCUCAAUCUCAACUGCAACCAAGUGCUUUCAGAGAACAUUACAACCGGUAUGAAUGAAACAGGGUUCCUUUCGUCAAUCAACCCGACGGCUAUCGAAAAUUUGAAAGCGUUGACUAAUUUCCAAACCGUGAAUGCUUCUGAUGAAGCAGGACCAAGUUCGAGUGGCGCCUAUCUUACAGAAAUCGGUGUGCGUGUCAACGAAUUGACCACCUCAAUUGGUCACGGGGAUGGUCAUCCGGAGAAUGCAUCGUUGAUCCAUAAUAUUGAAUGCAAUGAAACGAUUCCAAUGUGCGGCGAUGAAUGCGAAAAUGGAAUGCAGUUGGAAUCUGACGAAUGCAUGGAGAUCGAGGAAUCCAACGAUGGUCAGCAUGAGCAUGUCACCUGGGAAACGUUCGAUCCGUACGUGUUCAUCAAACAUCUACCGCCGUUGACGUGCGAGAUGCGUUCCAAAUGUCCUGCGCUGCCACUGAAGACACGCUCCAGUCCGGAGUUCAGUCUUGUGCUUGAUCUCGACGAAACGCUGGUGCACUGCAGCUUACAGGAGCUGUCGGACGCUAGCUUCAAAUUUCCGGUGCUAUUUCAGGAUUGCAAAUAUACGGUGUUUGUUCGUACGCGGCCAUUCUUCCGCGAGUUUCUCGAGAAGGUUUCGCAACUGUUUGAAGUUAUCUUGUUUACUGCCUCCAAGCGGGUAUAUGCCGAUAAGCUGCUGAAUUUGUUAGAUCCUGAGCGGCGGCUUAUAAAAUAUCGUUUAUUUCGUGAGCAUUGUGUACUAGUCAAUGGCAACUAUAUCAAAGAUUUGACCAUUCUAGGGCGGGAUCUGUCCAAGACGAUCAUCAUUGACAACUCCCCGCAGGCAUUUGGGUAUCAACUGGAGAAUGGUAUCCCCAUAGAAAGUUGGUUCAUGGAUCAGAAUGAUUCGGAGCUGAUGAAGAUAUUACCCUUUUUGGAACGACUUCAUGAAAUGAGGGAAGACGUGCGACCCCACAUCCGUGAAAAAUACCGUCUGUUCUCUUACUUACCACCGGACUAAGUUUGCUAGAGGAUAAACGGAUAGCUUAAGCGAAUGUGUAUCUCCCUGGGCAAGUCGUUUGUACUGUUCUCCUACACUACAAUGUGUAGCACUAAAUUGAAAUCUUAACCUAAGCGAAGCAACUAGAUAAAGAAAAUGAAUUACCUAAACAUACACAUUUAGACAAGGGUACACCAAACUACAUGGAUAAGUAACGAAACAAAUUUCGAUGAACACACACACAAACACACACACCCACGUAGAAUACAUUUCUAGAAAUUUAAGCGUCUGGAUGUUGAAAAAUCAGAAAUCACAAGUAAAACAAAUAACCGUACAGUACAGAAGUAAUUUUAAGGUUGAUUAACAAAAGAUCGAGCAAAUUAGAAUUUUUCCUGACCCAUUUGUAAAAGUUACUGUUUUUCACCUAGUUUACAGUGGGUUUAAAAUCCUUGAAAACAUUAAGCAUUAACAAAUGUAAGUUGACUAAUGGAACAAAGCAAACGUUAGCGUAGAAUGCAAUAUGAUAAAAAGUAAUCUAUACAAAACAAAAUAUUUAAUUAGAGUCGUAGCGAUUAGAUUUGCAAAAAAAGAUAAAGCAUGAAAUAAGCAAAAAGAAGCAACAUUUUACACUGAAUUCUUGAACGAUUAAGUUGUGAGCAUAUAUCAUUGUUUAUAUUGUCUUAUACAAAGCGAACAUUAUUGUUAUAAAUAAUUUGAUAUUAUUUUUAUUUAUUGAUUACUUGCGUGUAUCAUUGCUGUAUGAUAUGAUUAUUUUAAGAUGAUCAAAUUAUAUAUUGUUGUAUUGUGUACAGAAAAAAAUAACAUGAAUUGAAUCUUGGAUCAAAACUUACAACAGAACACUUCAAAGCUCGUUCUUAUUACCGUGAUGAUAAAAAAGAAUGUCCAUAUUCUUUUGUUUCUUCGAGUUCCUUCCAAUCUGAAAAAGAGCUUAUCGCUUCCUAGUUUCAACUGUUGUUCCAAUAAGUUCCACUCUUUUGAUGGUCUGCUGUUAAUAGUAAAACAUGGUCAUUUAAUGUAGCACCUAAUAUGACAAUCGCACAUGGAGUCCGUUGACCCAAUGGUGUUUCAUCAACUAAACUGGUUUGUGACCAUGAUGUUUGUUUCGAAGCGGAGUCAAUGUGACAAAUCAGUAACCUAUUGUCUUGGAAACAAGGACCAUUAUUUUUCAAAAAUGUUGGUAACAAGCCUCAAAGGCCUAUUUCUUUGAGAUGAAUACGAAACCAAAUUAUUCCCCAAUUGCUUGGAACAGUUUUAACAGGAAGUCUAAAAUGGUAAUAAAAUGAAAAUUUCACUAA